AUGACAGAAAGGUCUCUAUCAAUCUCGACGCAAAGUGCGACCUCAAUUAAACCUAUCUUCACCACUACUUCUGCUGCGAUACCUACCAACGAUGUGCAAUUCGUUACCGAGCCGGUGGACGACGAGCCUUACACCAUCAGAUGCAUCUGCAACAUUUGUGAGGACGACGGAAACACAAUAUACUGUGAUAAAUGCGAGACGUGGCAGCACAUUGAAUGCUAUUAUGCUGGCAGCGUAGAGGAUGCUUCUAGGGAAGACUUCGAUCAUCUUUGCGUUGACUGCUUCCCACGAGAUCUCGGUCGGCAUGCGAUUGAAAAACAACAGUAUCGUCAGAACAAAGUCAAUUAUGAUAACAAUGAUAAAAAAAUUAAAAGACCGGCAACAAAGAGUCAUAAAAAGAAAACGAAACCUUCUGAGAUUCAAACGAAUGGGUUCAAUGACCAAGAGACACACAAGAAUGCCGGCUCUCUUGAUAAUCACACACACAAAAGGGCAAAAGGCCAUCGGUCGCAACAUUCCGUCAGCUCCCAAGCUACCAAACGCAGCCCUACUUAUGCCGCGAGGAGUAACAACCACCCUCCAAGCCCCAACCAUACAACGUCAAAUCUGCCAAACGAUUUUCAUAUUCAUGGCUACUCCAAGGUUUUUCAAUCGCUCUACGACGAUCAGUUGCCAGAAACCAAUGACAACACAUUGGCCAAUUUAUCUGUCACGAACAAAUUAGCGAUGUGGAAAACGGACGCCAAACAGUUUGAAGAAGAUGUGGGCAAGAAAUUUGAUGAUGUUGUUCAAAAAACCAAGGUGCGACUUGAUCCACAACAAUUUCCCAAGUUGCACGUUGAUGUUAAGACUGCUCUCAUCAACAAUAAUGCAAAAGCCCAAUGGAAAUCUCUCUACACGACGACGAAAACUCCUGGCAAUCAACCAAUUGGAGAGAUUAACGGCAAGAUCGGUCUACAAUCCGACUACCACAAGAAUCCGGACAAUGGAUGGGAAGAGUGCCCCCAUCCGCGCCCUCUCACUUUUUUCAUUCCCGGAUUGCCAUUGUAUAUUGACACAAGAGCUGGGGGAUCACAGUGUCGAUAUAUUCGACGAAGUUGUAGGGCGAAUGCAAAUUUGGAGACAUAUAUCGUUGCAAAUACAAGCGAGUACCACUUCUAUCUAACCCUCGACAGCGCCCUCUCCCCGGACGAGCAGAUUACUCUACCCUGGGAUUUCAAAUUCGUAGACAAGCCAAGAUUGGAUCGUGCUCUUCAUCUUGAUGGCGACGACGAUGACAGACUACCUGAUAUCUCUGAAACCGAAUACCAGAGCAUGGCACAUUCAAUCAAUUUGGUAUUAUCGGAUCACGGAGGCUGUGCUUGCAAUGCCGGUAAAGAUUGUGCGUUCGUGAGGUUUCACCGUGAUUACUACGGCAGGGUGCAUGGUCAACCUCAACCGCAAUCCAACGGUGUAAACGGUGUGAAAUCAAAGAAAGGUCGCAAGCCUAGGCAGCACGUCUCUCCCACAAGUACGGGUCACGCCACCAAUAGUCGAGCUGCUAGUGAAGGUCAUCCAGAGGCAAACGACGACGAUGAUACCCGCUCUACUUCCGGCUCCGGACGAAGCAAACCUCACAGUCGUGACCUGACACCAAUACAUGGCUUGGGUGAAUUCGAUACCCCCUCAACGGAGCCGUCAGAUCGCGAGAAGCGAAAGCUGGUAGCGGUGGAAAACACAUUUCGAAAAAUGGAACAGGCCCCCCCACGAAAAAAGAAGAGAGCAUCGGAUGGUUCGAGCAUGAAUUCACCCGUCACCACCACGUCGCAGACCAACUCCAAACCCCGACAGAAGUCAGUGGUAUCACGAACAUCCGUUUCACAAUCAGCUCUCACGAAUUUUAACGGAUCCCGAUCUCGCCAGUACGUCGAUGCCAGCACAUCGCGGCGACAAUCGGCAUCACCUCCUAGCGCGGCGUCGCCACAAGCCAUGGCCUCUCCGAAACCAAUACCAUCUCGCGAUGAUUCAGCGACUCCUCGAUCACGCCACAAUUCGGUAGUGCAAAAGAUGGUUUUCGUCUAUACAGAUUCAUCGGCACAAACGGAUCGUGACGAAGGUGCAUGGUACGAACAAAGAACAAAGCCGAAGCCGAAGAAACCUGUCUUAUCUCUUGCGAGGCGCAUGCUUUUGAAACACCAUAAAAUUCACGAGCAGGCCCAAGCUUUAGCGGCGGAGCAAAACAAAAACAUGGCUGCAGGAUUGAUUAAUGGAGAUCUCCAGAAUAUCUCUUCGCCUGCGUCGGCAAUGGAUGUUGACGGACCCGUUCAGGAAGAUCGGUCAAUCACUCAGUCACCUACUGACACCAGGGCUCGAAAUGGCAGUAUUGUUUCAUCGACUCCGUCGGUGGAUGUAAUCUCAAAUCCAGGCGAUUAUCAUACAGAUGGAUCAACACUUACCACUGGGCAGACAAUGAAACCUCCAUCUUGGCCUGGACAUUCCACCAAUGGCUAUUCACACAAAUCCCCUGAACUGCGGGUACAGAUGCCUCCGACACCAACUUUCAUAACGCCUAAUCUUUCCGGAACUCCAGGCGCUCUCACACCUGCUUCAGCAGCAACCUCAUCAGCGAUGUCGCCGUAUGGCACAACUCAUUUCUCAUCAUACUCCACUACAUUGGCAAAUGGCGUCAAUCCAAGUCCUGCCAAGAAAAAAAUGUCGCUUAACGAUUACAAGGCUAGGAAGAAGCAGAAUGCUGAUGGUUCGGGUGGGCGCAAACCUUCCACGGGAAGCAGUCCCACAAUGCCAUCAGCGGUUCUCAAGUCAACACUUUCGACCAUCGAGGAAGCUAAAGCACGAGAGAUUCUUCUUGAUAGCAAAUCUGAAAUCAUUGAAGGGAAGGAGAUAGUGGAUCCUUCUCCUAUUGACUUGCUCAAAGUUUCACCUCCCAAAAAUAAUAUGCCCUCUCAACACUCGAAUGGUGCAUUGUAA